UUAGUUGUGUGAUAAACUGUGAAUUGAAACAAAUUAUCUCAAAUGCAAGACGAUUCGACUCAUCUCUGCUAAAACAAAGAACGCAAUCGUCAACGGUACUCACCCGGUUUCCGCCAACAAAGCCAUCGAGUUUGCAGUUUGAUUGCAUACCUUCCACCAAGCUUUAUCAAGAACGACGUAGAGAAGAGAAUUUUCAAGAAACAAUGGCGCUUUCUCUGCGCAUCAACAUUGUCGAGAACAACGUUACGAAAACAAUUAUUUUCGAGUCAUCUGCCACUGUUUUCGAUGCGUGCUGCAUUAUUAGAGACAAAUGUAACGAAUAUGAUUUGGGGAAAGCAAACGAGUAUGGCUUGUUCUUGACAGCCGAUGAUAAUAAAAUCGGCGUUUGGCUUGAACCAAAUCGCCGGCUUGAAUAUUAUAUGCUAAGCAAUGGCGAUAUUUUGGAAUAUACUCGCAAAAUGCGCGCUCUGCGUGUCAAAAUGUUGGACCAUUCCGUCAAGACCAUCUUAGUAGACGACUCGCAAAUUGUUGCAAACUUGAUGGUAGUAAUCUGCGCGAAGAUCGGCAUCACUAAUCACGACGAGUAUUCGUUGGUCUUUGAUGAGAAAGAUAAUAUGGAAGUCUUGGACACUCGUAAUUAUGGCACGCUUACACUCUGUCGCAAGAAAGAAGAGCGCGAUAAAGAUGACAAGAUGGAAAAACUACGCAAGACUAAAACGGACGACGAAGUCAACUGGUUAGAUACCUCGAAGACUCUGCGCGAGCAAGGCAUUGAUGAACAUGUCACUGUUUUAUUUCGUCGCAAGUUUUUCUUCUCUGAUCAAAAUAUCGAUUCUCGGGACCCAGUUCAAUUGAAUCUUCUAUAUGUACAAGCGAAGAACGCCAUCGUUGACGGUACUCAUCCGGUCACUGCUGACAAAGCCGUUGAGUUUGCGGGUAUUCAAUGCCAAAUUCAUUUUGGCAAUUUCAAUGUAGCCAAACACAAGCCUGGACUUCUAGAUUUGAAAGAAUUCCUUCCACAAAGCUUUAUCAAGAAGGGAGUCGAAAAAAUUUUCCAGGAACACGCUAAACAUAACGGUUUGUCUGACCUGAACGCAAAAGUCUUGUACACGAAACUAGCGCGCUCACUGAAAACCUACGGCGUCACUUUCUUCCUGGUAAAAGAAAAGAUGAAGGGCAAGAAUAAGUUAGUGCCGCGAUUGUUAGGCAUUUCGCAAGAUUCCAUUUUGCAACUUGAUGAGCACACGAAGGAAAUGCUGCAGUGCUGGCCGCUAACGACCGUCAAACGUUGGGGCGCUAGCCCGAGCACGUUCACACUGGACUUCGGCGAUUAUUCAGAUCAAUAUUUCUCGGUGCAGACGACCGAAGCCGAACAAAUCCAGCAAUUGAUUGCUGGGUAUAUUGAUAUCAUCCUCAAGAAGAAGCAAGCUAAAGAUCAACAGGGUAUUGACGGCGAAGAAGGCUCCACUAUGAUUGAAGACAGUGUAUCACCACAUAAGUAUGUUUUCCGUGAUCAUCCAUUUCCGUGA